GUCCUUCUUUGCUGCUUUCCUCAGCUUGUGCCGAAAACACGGCGGAAAGACUCAGUUAGCAGUCAGCUAGCUGAUUCCUGUCAUAUUUCUUUUACUCUGUGUGCGGUGGCUUAUGCAAAGAGAUGUGGUUUAUUUAUUUACUGAGCUGGCUGUCGUUGGUCGUCCAGAUAUCCUUCAUAACAUUAGCGAUAGCUGCUGGCCUCUACUACCUGGCUGAACUAAUAGAGGAGUACACAGUAGCCACCAGUCGAAUAAUAAAGUACAUGAUUCUGUUCUCGACAGGUGUGCUGGCAGGGCUCUAUCUUUUUGAAGGAUUCCCGCUCUUUAUGGUGGGAGUUGGCCUCUUCACAAACCUGGUAUACUUUGGCCUCCUGCGGACAUUUCCCUACAUACUUCUGAGCUCCCCGAACUUCAUCCUCUCCUGUGUGUUGGUGGUGGCGAACCAUUACAUGGCCUUCCAGUACUUUGCACAAGAGUAUUAUCCAUUCUCAGAGGUCCUGGCUUACUUCACCAUCUGCCUGUGGGUGAUCCCCUUUGCCUUCUUCGUGUCGCUAUCUGCAGGAGAAAACGUGCUUCCAUCCACCAUGCAGCAGGGAGAUGACGUGGUGUCGAAUUAUUUCACCAAGGGCAAACGGGGCAAGCGAUCUGGGAUCCUUCUCGUUUUCACUUUUGUCAAAGAGGCCGUUCUGCCCAGCCGACAGAAGAUGUACUGAGGAGGAGCUCUGACUUUGACUGCAGCCUCGGAAGAGGUGCGGAUGGAGAUGUGUGUGUAUGUGAGGUGGAGAACGGGGGGAAGCAGUGGACACCGCUUGUGAACGGGACAAAAACGUGGAAGAAGAGAUCACUAAAAGGAUGGACCAAUGAACAGAGGAGCGCUUCCUGCUGGAUGAGCAGAUGAGCUCAUCUUGUGUUUGUACCGACUGCCAACUGCACCUACCGGAGACCUGUCGGGGAUCUUGUCUGUAGCACCAUGCUUUUGUAUUAUCAUGAUGGACUUCAUUUUAAAGCUUUAGUGUUGAGGCAUUUGUAAGAUGGCUAAAAAAUGAACCAACAAACUCAAUAAUGGCUUGGGCAGGUAAAUCCUUUUCAGCUUUCUUUUUAAGACUUUUUCUUGUCUUUCUCUCCUUUUUGUUUUUCUGAUUUAAUGAAGGAGGUAGCAAUAAUGCCAGGACGGCAUGAGAAAUCAAACCCUUACACAUUAUCUUCUGAUGAGGAAAAUGGGUUAGAAAACGAUUCUCUAACGAAUAUGAUGACUUGUUCUAAAUAUAAACAGACUGUGUCCUGCAACAUACCACUACGUAAAAAGAGGUAAUUUGUAGAAGUCAACCUUCCAUUUAAGGAAUCACUCCCAUCCCGCAUCACCAAUAUUUUGCAACAAAAACAAGUGUUUUGACGAAGCUUGUCCAGAUUUCUUCAGUACUUUUACUAAUCAUCAGCGCUCUGUAGGGGCUCCUAGCCUGUCUUCUUUUGUUUUUUGGACAGUUUGAGAAAACAUUCAUAGUUAAUAAAAUAAAAGAUUUUCUAGAGUGAACCCAACCUGCAAGGCACUCGUGCAAUGACUUUGAUAAGAUUUCUGGUGUUGGGGGAAUGAAAACAAUAAAACUGACAGUUUUUUUACCAGUUACAAUCAUGUGUGAUUUAUCAUAGACUGUGAGUAAAGGAGUUUGUUUAGAUAAUUUGUGGAUUCUAUUAUUUUUUUAAUAACAUUUAUAAAACAUAAAGGCAAAAUAAGUCUUCUGAUUUUAAUGACAUAAGGCCAAAGCAUCCUGUCCACCCAUAAAUUGCUGACCUUUAGUUACUCAGAAUGUGUUUUUGUGUUUGAGGCGGUCCGACUGAAUGGAAUAAUGUUAUUCUAGUCCCAUGUGGUUCAGUCAAAGAGGAAGCACCAGGUUUAUAUUGGUGUGCACUUUGACCCCCACUGAGGUGUGAAGUGCUUCACACAGUAAAGAAGAAAAAACAAGAACAAAUCUACAAAGUCCACACACACUCACCUCCAGAUGACAGGCCACAGCUCAUGGUUCGCACUUUCACGCUGUUUACAAGCCUCCACCUGGAUCCCAAUUUGUUUCCCUGGGGGAGACGAGUGGAAGUGCAGGGAUACAGCUGUGACAGGUGACCCAGUUCAUGGAGGUUUCUCACCUUUCACUCACCCCUACGCUCUCCCUGAGUUUGUCAGAUUAGCUUCUAGAGUUUGUGGUUUUUGAGUUUGAUGCUUCGGAAAUUAUGCAACGUGGAGGUCAGAACAACAAAGAGCAUGGUUUAUAUAGACUCCAGUCAGCCAUAUUGAAAUCGCCUAAAGAUUCAGUACAAACAGAUCUGAUCCAGCGAGGCGUACUGUGAUAAGUACAAAUGUGUUGAAAUCAAAUGUUUUGACUUUUGAGAUGAGGCCCUUGUGCAUCAUAAUUAGACUGACUCAUGCUUAAUCAAACUAGGGUUUAGGGAAUUUAAAAGCAUUUGAAGGGUUAUCGCAUCCUGUUGAUACAAUGUAGGAAAGUACUCCAGGUUUCCUAUCAUCUCUUUAAAAGUCAACUUCACUCAUUUUUAAAAUAUAUUUGCAAUGGCCUUUAGUAGGAGUGAACGCCUUGUAAGUUGUUCUUUAGUAAAAGAAAAGCUUAGGUGCUCCUGUUUGAGGACACAGAAGCCAGCCGCAGAAGAAAGUUGCAGCAGACGGCCGGAUUUUGGUCUUAUUUCCUUAUAUUUGGACAUCUCGCCUCUGAUUUCUUCUUCUGGCUCUUGGAGAGUACAGACGCUUUUUUCCUUCUCCCUAUCUUAUCCCAGGGCUCUUUGUCUGUCUUUGGGUGUACGGUGCUUCUGCAUUUUUUCUGGAAACUGGAAAUUACUAAAAAUGGAUCUGGUCAGUUGGUCUCUCAACGCGACUGACAAAAUGUUUUCAACGAUGAGAACGGGAGAAGGGCCUCUGGGACAGAGCCAGCUGGGCAUAUCAUGGACCUGAUCUGCCUCUCUCAACUGUCUGUAGAGGAUUCUGAAGACGUCUGGAUAUUCGUGGUGUUGGUGUCAGGUUUCCUGCUUUUUGGCCUGAGUGGUUACCUGGCUUUCCGGAAAAUUAACGAGCUGUCAAGGAAUAUUGGCUUAAUCCCGGAGCUCAGGGAUGGAUUACAUUGCGCUGUGAAUGCACAAACUCAUAUAAUUGUCGAGAUGAGUUGUAAGCUUGGGACUUUGGCUGAGAUUCAGACUCUGGCACAAAAGGUGGAUUCCAUCAAGGAGCGAGUUGACGGGUCAGCGCAGAUUGGGAUAGAUUAAUUUAUGACAUUAAUGGAUUUAGAGGGGUUGAGGACCAACGAAACUUUAAGACAGAGAGGAAAUUAUCUCUGUCUGGCCCCAAAACAAUUUCUUAUCUGAAGCUGGUGCCCUUGAGCCUGUGAGGCUGAAGUGAAUACUCCCCCUCAGAAGAAAUGUGGAAUGCUGCUGUAGCCAUGGCAACUCUGUCUCCCUAUCCCAGCCUGGGUGGGACUGCGACCGGUGAAGGCCGUUGAAUCGUUCCAGGAGUCACUGUGCUCUCUAAACCCAACGACCUCCCCCCUGUCCAAACGGAGGUGAUGAGCGCUGCUUAUCGUGGCUGCAUGCACUGAUGUGUGGAGAGUCCCCAACCCUACCUCCCAACCUAGUGGACACUUAUGUUGUAUAAUGUCUGAAGUCUGUUGCAUGUCUGUAUGAGGUGUUUUUUGCAUAGCAAAGCUGCCCUCCCUGUUGAGGGUAACUCUGAAGUGCCUUUUUUUCCUCCACCUGACUCAGUCCUCAUGUAAACCCUCUGAUCUCUAUUAAGGUAGCGCGACUCGGGUUGCGAAUGGCCACAGUCACCAAUUCUUGUCGUGUGUCUAUGCCUAUGUAUGUAUGUCUGAUAAUUGUGUGUACUGAAACUCUAAUUUCCCUCUGGGAUUAAUAAAGUAUCUUUGAAUUGAA